AUGGGGCGUCGCGACGUCACGCCUCCAACACAUGGUGCACUGCAAGGCAACUCGUCGCUCAGAAGACAUGGUUCUCACUACGAGAAGGCGCAGGGCGGGUUGUGUUUCGCGUUGGGGCCUCGUGGUGGCGUUGGUGGCGCUGGCGGUCUGGCCAGCGGCGGACGCAGCCCCUACGCAAGUAUUGCAACGCACCAAACAGCAGCCUAAGACCUUCGGCCAAGGCGACGCCAUGGAGUUUCUGAAGAAGUACGGCUACUUGGGCAAAGGUGGCUUCAACGCAAAGGGUACAACAGGAGCCCUUCUUGCAGAAGACACCUUCAAGGACGCCAUCAAAGCCUACCAGGCCUUCUCAGGGCUUCCUGUCACAGGUAUCCUGGACGCGGCCACCGUGCAGCUCAUGCGAACGCCGCGAUGUGGUGUGAAAGACGUCAACCCUGCAGAGCCUGCGAGGGGCAGGCACAAACGAUACGUCCUCGAAGGCAGCAAGUGGUGGAAGCACGCGCUCACCUACCGCGUGAGCCAGCCGCUCGCCGCCGCGUACACCGCCCCCUCUAGCGGUGGCCUGGGCUCGUGGCUGGGCAGCUGGCUGGGGCUGGGCGGCGGCGGCAGCGGUGGCGCCGCCAAGAACGUCCGCGGCGGCGGGAAGAAGCUGGAGGCGGCGGCGGCGGAGGCGGCGGUGGAGCGGGCGCUGGGCGUGUGGGCGGAGCGGUCGGGC